UGUCGUUCUCGCUCUACUGCGGGAAGCUGUUGGGCUUGGGCACACCUGUUCAUUUUAGUGAUGUCGAACCGGUACCCGUGCCCGGGCUGUCUUCAAAACUUGACAAAUAGUAGCGAUAUCAGUCUCUGCACUCGUUUUGCACAGAGGAGAUCCUGAAAGUAAUUCUCGUCUGCGCUCAGGGACGACCAGGACAGGACAGGACGGGAAGCCCACCAGGCGUCCCGAAAUGAAGGGAUCCCACCGAUGCAUGAGAAACAUCAGAACAGGGACUGCAACCAUUCGCAGAGGCCUUCCGGCUCUCCUCCAAGGGACAAGGCGCGAAAAUGGUCGAAGAUUUGCCUGCACUGGUGGGGGGGAACUUCAGCUUCCGAGAGAGGCCAAUGCUGUUGUUAUAGGCGGUGGCAUAAUGGGCUGCUUCACGCUCUACCACCUGGCACGAUUAGGCUGCUCCCCUGUUCUGCUGGAAAGGCACAGACUGACGAGCGGCACCACUUGGCAUACGAAUGGCCUAGUCUGGCGCAUCCGGCCCAGGGAAUCGGACACGGCGCUGCUCAACGCCACCAGGGACAUGAUUCUAGACCUAGAGAGCGAAGAACCUUCGGGUUGGAUACCCAAGGGCGGCCUCUUCAUCGCCUCCAACAAGCUGCGCAUGGAGGAAUACGCCCGUCUCCUCACCCUAGGCCGAGCGGCAGGCGUGGAGUGUCACCUCCUGACGCCGGAGGAAGUGAAGGCCUCCUGGCCUCUCCUGAACGUGGAGGACGUCACGGGCGCUCUGUACAGCCCAGGAGACGGCGCUCUCGACCCGUCAACCCUCUGCAACGCCCUGGUUCGAAGGGCACGCCGAAUGGGCGCGCAGGUCUACGAGGGCGUAGACGUCCAGGAACUGGAAACAGCGGAGGGCCCCUUUGGGGUUCGGACCGUCAGAGGAGUCAUGACCUCCAAGGGCUUAAUCGGCACCAAAAAGGUGGUCAACUGCACAGGUGUGUGGUGCGAUGACGUGCUGCUCACACGCCGCCAGCAGCUGUCAGAUGCAGAAUACUGCUACAAGGGGCUGCCACAAGUAUGCAUGGAACACUGCAUCGUGGUCAUGGAGCCUCUGGAAGGCGCCCGCAUCAUGCCCAACGUUAGGGACCACGACGCCAGCAUGUGCUUCAAUGUUCGGGGGGACUCGCUUGUCAUCGGGGGCUACGAAUUGAACGCCCCGACAGCCCAGGUAGAUCGAAGCUUCUCGUUCGGGUUAUACGACUUCAAGAUGGACAACUUCCUCGAGAUCAUGGAGGGUGCCAUCAACAGAGUGCCAAAGCUGGCCGAAGUGGGCAUCAAGGCCGAGAUCUGUGGACCGGAAUCCUUCACACCCGACAAGAGACCCCUCAUAGGAGAGGAUUGGGAUGUGCGAGGUCUGUACCACAGCUUUGGCUUCAACAGCGCUGGCAUCAUGUUGUCGGGCGGCUGUUCUGAACAGCUGGCCCACUGGGUCCUCGAUGGGCGACCUCCGCGUGACAUGGCAGCUUUCGACUGCAGGAGAUUUCCCAAGGACUCUCUCCAAUGGAGGACCUGGGCCAAGGAGCGUUGCCACGAAUCCUACACCAGCACCUACUCGAUCGUGUUCCCUACCAACCAACCCCUGGCAGGGCGGGGGAGGUUGACAGACCAUUUGCACGAGGAGCUCACAGAAGCUGGCUGUUUCUGGGAGGAAUCUCUGGGCUGGGAACGCCCCGGGUUCUUCACGCCAAGCCCUUUGGCACUCCUGCCCUACGACUGGAAGGGAGCCUUUGGAACGGCCCCUCAUGACGCUUACCCUUACAGGGAGGUCCUGAAGCAGUGCCACACGUUCGAUCUGCCGCCCUAUUACGAGCACAUAAAGGCCGAGUACGAAGCGAUGAAAACUGCGUCAGCAGUCAUAAACCGGACAUCCUCUGGAAAAAUAACACUGACUGGGAAAGACGUCCACAAAGCAGUGGAAUGGCUGUUCAUGAAUGAUGUGCUGAAUGAAGGAGGAAGUAUCUCUACCUCGCUUGUUCUUAACAAGACUGCCGGUGUUGAGGCGAACGCUGCCAUCUUCAGUUUGGAUGAAACCACAAGACUUCCCUGUGAGACCAACUACGUGUACGUGAUCCAGUGCGACAGUGGAUUUGGACCCUACGUUCAGAGGCUCCUCCGGGAUAUGUGCAUGGAUAAAGGACUUCGCCUCACCCUUGGGACUUUAACGAAUGAACUGUCUUGUCUUUUGCUUGUUGGGCCUUUAAGUCUCAGGGUUCUGGAAGCAGCGGGAAUAACUCGAGGACAAAUUCCUAUAAAUACUCACUGCCUUUGUAAGUUGGACAACGCCGUGUUCCGGGUCUGUAGGUAUGGCCUUGAUAUGUGGGAGCUACAUAUACCAGCAGGAGAUCUCAUUAGCAUCUACAAAACUCUUGUCACAGUGGGGACCCCGUUUGGACUGCGGAAUGCAGGAUACCGAGCACUCAAUAUUCUUCAGUUGGAGAGAGGGAUUCUCAGCUGGCAGAGUGACAUAAGAGCUGAUGAUACGCCUUUGGAAGCUGGAGUCUGGUCUGAAGAUCUAGAAUCAGACAGAGAAUUCUUGGGCAGAGAGGCAUUGCUGCAGCAGGCUGCCAAUGGUAUUACAAAGUCCCGGCUGAUGCUUGAAGUACCAAAUUGUCAGCCACUCUGGGGAAACGAAGGAAUCGUGAGAGAUGGCCGCCUUGUGGGCAUCACAAGAAGAGCUGAUAUGAGCUUCCUCAAGGGAGCUCCUGUUGCUGCAGGAUAUGUCAACCACCCACUAGCCUUAGCCAGGGUUGCACGAAAAGAAAUGCAGGAAGCUGCCUGGGAAAUUGAAAGACAAGGGCAAAGAUACCCGGCUAAAAUCUACUGCCCUUAGGACUUAGAAAACCUUUCUGUUUGUUCCCUGCAUAGAAUUUGUAAUAGACUUGGCCAAACAUGAAAGAGUAUUUCUGGUACAGUAUGUCAGUCAACAUCUGGGAUGGGCGGAACAAUAGAACCUACAUAAACUUA